AUGACACCUGGGCCCGGCCCCGCUCCUCACCCGCAGCGCCGCAAAACCGCCCAAAAAUCCACGAGCAAGGAGACUCCGAGCCAGGGAGCCGAGGGGAGCGGGAGCUCCAAGGGACGGAAAAGCGCUUUAAAGGCAACAAAGGCACCUGCAGAGCCCCCCGAGAGUAGAAAUGGCCUCGGUGACCUGGGCCAGCGCGGGGGAAGAGACAAAUCCAGGGCAGGAGAGGAGCGGGGGCGCCUGGAAGUUGGGGUGGGAUCUGAACCCCCCGUGUCUGCCUCGCAUCCCAGGAACCUCCUCCGUCUGUCACUGACGGAGGCGUUGGGAGCUCACGGCCGGGGAACAGCCAGAGAUGAGCUCAGCAGCCUGCAGAGGCCGCGGGACAGCGGGGAGCAGCUGCAGGGAGCCCCCGAGCCCACCCUGAACCUGGGCACAGCCCCGCAGCUGGCUCUGCUCCGCACCCCCAAGAUCCAGCCCCCCUGCUCGGCCCAGGCCUCUGGCUUAGAGUGGUUUCCAGAGCUGUAUCCUGAUUAUGAAGGGCUGAGGAUUUUCCCAGGGAAGCGUUUCCACGAGGAUGUGAGGAUGGCUGCUGAGGCACCCCAGGGUGCUUUCACACAGGGCCAGCAAGGUCCCCUCUGGGAGAGGCCCCUGAUGGAGGUGAGGCUGGGGGAGCUGCACACCUGGAUCAGCACCUGCAACUUCUCUCCCCAGGGGCUGCUGGGAGCAGUGCAGAGAGCCUGGAGCAGUUACUGUGCCAAAUACAUCCACGUGAGGCAGGGGGGACCUGCUGGAAUCUCCAUGCUCCUGGCUGGGUACUGCCUGCUCAGCUAUGGCUGGAACUAUCAGCACCUCAAGCGGCACCGCUGGCGAAAAUAUCACUGAAGGAGCUGGAGCAGCAGCCAGGGAACAGCCACAGCUCUUUGGGAGGCUGCAGAGCAACCAGGACCAGGAUCCCAGCAGGAAUUGGCAGCUGCAGGGGCCUGGCUGGGGCUGGAGCUGAGGAGGGGCUGCGUUGCAGGUCAGCUGGUGUAGCAGGGAGGUGACAGGGACGGCCUGUGCUCACCUCUCCAUGCCUCAGGCAGCUUUGAGUAGUGAAAUGAAGAAGCAUUAGAGGCACCCUGAGAGAUCUCCAGGACAGCUCCUGGAGGCUGCAGAGUCCCAGAUCCCUUCUUUGGGACAUGGGACAACCCCUCAUGAGUUGUCAUUAGAGAUGAUUUGACAAUUCUGCUGUAGCUGAGUGUUGUAGCAGGGUGAGCUUCAACCCCAGUACUCAUUCCCUUCAAAUUCAGAGCUGUGCCUGGCCCAGCCCAGUUUGUACUCACCCCUGGUACUGGUGGGACUGGCCAGGACCUGUGUGAAGGCGCUGGAGUAGCAGCUCAGACCACAGCGCCCUAAUUCUGGGGAAGAAAACUCCAAGGGAUGAGCUGUUGUGCCCAGAGGGCAAACCCGUGCCUGCAGCAGACAAAGCAGGACAGUCAGGAGUGCUAGUUGGAGCCUGCCAUCCCCAGACAUGUCUGGGAAAGGGUUGGUCACGUUGCAGGCACGAAGGGCAAAAAGAAAAGCCAAGAAUUAAAAGUCUGAGCUCUUUAUUCUGCUGAGUGCAGUAGUGCCGUGCACAGAGGUGUUGCACCAAAAACUCUCUCACCAGCGAUAAAAACCUGUGUGGAUUUUC